AUGUCUGGUGACCACUAUAAAAGCCCUUUCCUUGACCACCAUGAAGACAAGAAUGAAUUGAUUGCUGUAGCGGCCGCAAAGGGCGCUGGUCUUGCCCUAGUUGCCGGUGGUCUCAUCGCUUUCUCUGGUUCUCGUUAUUCAAAGGUCUAUCAGACUUUGUCCCGCCCCAUGAAGAUGUUCUUGCUCGGAUCUGGUACUGCGGCUACUGCGGUUCUCUUUGGUGACCAUGCCCGUGUCCAUUACGAAGAUCGCCAGCUACUUCGUCACUUGGAUGCGGAGGCUGCAGAGGCUGCUCGCGCCGAGAUCCGUGCUCAGCGUGGUAUAUUGGCUGAGUUGAACUACCAAAUCCGUGAAAAUCGCAACGUAGUUGUUGGUGUGGCCUGGUUGACCUGUAUGGCAGGUUCGCUGGGCUAUACAUUUUCUAAAAAGGGUCUGACUACAACUCAGAGGAUCGUCACAGCUCGUAUGUAUGCUCAAGGAUUCACAAUUUUGACCAUGCUGGGUGUUGCUGCCUUAGAAUUGACAGAACCUCCACACGAAAAGAAGGAAAUCAUGACAGAUCAAUGGAAGGCUAUUUUGGCCAAGGAUCGACAGGGUCAAUAUAUUGUUAAGGAUCCAACACAGCAACAACAGGUCGCUGCUGCAUUAGCUGCACCCGCAUCAUCAGUAUCAACUCAUUCAUAA